CUUACACCUACACCCUCGAACCCAGUUUGCGGGGGAGAUCUGCAUCACCUCCUGGGGGCACAGCCAGGCCCUUUCCUGGGGUGUGGAAAAUACAUAGUUUCUUCUAAACAUCAAGGCAACUGAAGAGGUUGAACCACCCCUAAGCUCCUAAAUUAAAGUCCCUCAGAACCUCCCUGGGCUCACCUUGUCUUACGGACCCUACCUCCUCUUAGGUUGGAACACAAAGUUCUCCCUGGCCCCAAAAGCUGGGGAUACUCCACGCUGUGUCAUUAAAAGAGCAGUGUACCUUCUCCCUCCCUUUCCCCUUCCCUCCAGCCACGUUCACCCAAUGGAGUUACAGCCUCAGGCAUUUCUAAAAUGGUUCAAUUUUUUCAUUGGGAAGUUAGUGUUGGUUAAAGUGCUUGAUUGGCAGCCCAUGGGAAUUGGAGGCCUUUAUCCUCUGACUGGGAUCAGCCCGAGUAGCAGUAGAACAAGUUUUUCUCCCUGUACAUUGCAACUGCCAUUGCAGUUUAUAUGGAUGAGUACAGAUGUGUGAGAUGUUUUCUUGUAUCAAAUUGUAACAUUGUCAACCAAAUUCCUAACAGGCUAAACACGUAACUUACAGCCAGUCUCUCACUUUGUUUUUACCUUUUUUCUCUCUCUUCAUGACUUUAUUCCACUUUCUUUUUUUCCCAUAUAACUAGAUCUUUUUAUGUUGUCUUCAGUGUCUAUUUUUCCCUUUACCUCACUACAAGAAUUAAACCUACUAAUCAAAGACAGACAUGAAAAGAUUUUGGGUCCCGCUGUCCAAAGCAAUGAAAGACUCUUUCCCUCUUCUUUUCCUCCACAAGCCCUGCAUUUGAAUUCUGAAUCCCAUUUUUUGUUUCUAUCUCCAUUUCAGCUUUCUGAUUGCUGAGACACAGAUUGGGUAUUCUCUGCUAUUCUGUCUCUUUCCUGGUCUCCAUAUUUAGGUGUGUCUCAUGCCCUCCUCCACCACUUUUACACAGCAUCAGUGCUGUAGGUGCUGGGAGGUUGCCAACGUGUGAGACUGACCUGAUUCUUAUCCUGGUCUGUUUCACAGCUGCCCACUAGGUUCCGAAACAACAGUAAAACCAAAAACAAGAUUCUAGUUAAACUUCCACUCUGCAACAAUUUGACAAAGCUCCUGGCAGCACCAGUAGUACUAGAUCCAUCUAUCUGCAGAGACAGACUGAUGUAGCUGCAUCAUACUUUGCAACUGAGUCAGAUGGGGGCCUGUAUAUUUGUAUGAACACGUUCCUGGGCUUCGGGAAGCAAUAUGUAGAGAAGUACUAUGGGAAAACAGGCCAUCGGGUCUAUCUGCAUCUCAAGAGAACACGCAAGCUGAAGGAGGAAGACAGUAGCUCCAGUGCUGGAGAUCCCCCCAGGAAGAAACCCACGCGCUUAGCUAUUGGCAUAGAAGGUGGGUUUGACAUCCCAGAGGAGAAGUUUGAAUAUGAUGAAGACAUAAAAAUAGUUAUUUUCCCAGAGCACCUGGAGAUCCCACGGGAUGGGCUGGGGGGGCUGCCAGACAUGGUCCAAGACAGGAUUGCCAGUGCGGUUGAGGCUAUCCUGACAGCAGAUUCAGCCUCGCGGAAGCAGGAGGUGCAGGCAUGGGACGGAGAAGUUCGGCGUGUUUCCAAACAUGCUUUCUCCCUGCACCAGCUACAGAACAGCGUCCGCAUCCCUCCAUGUGGCUGGAAAUGCAACAAGUGCGACAUGCGUGAGAACCUGUGGCUCAACAUGACUGAUGGAUCCAUCCUGUGUGGCCGGCGCUACUUUGAUGGCAGUGGCGGCAACAACCAUGCAGUUGAGCAUUAUCGGGAGACUGGCUACCCGCUGGCUGUGAAACUGGGAACCAUCACCCCCGAUGGGGCUGACGUGUACUCCUAUGAUGAGGAUGAUAUGGUGCUGGAUCCUAGCCUGGCUGAACAUCUGGCUCACUUUGGGAUUGACAUGCUCAAGAUGCAGAAGACAGACAAGACAAUGACCGAGCUGGAGAUUGACAUGAAUCAGCGCAUUGGGGAGUGGGAGCUGAUCCAGGAGUCUGGGGUGCAGCUCAAACCCCUCUAUGGCCCUGGUUACACUGGCAUCCGAAACCUGGGCAAUAGUUGCUACCUCAAUUCUGUGGUGCAGGUGCUGUUCAGCAUCCCUGACUUCCAGAGAAAGUAUGUGGACAAGCUGGAGAAGAUAUUCCAAAGUGCUCCCUCAGACCCCACGCAGGACUUCAGCACACAAGUAGCCAAAUUGGGCCACGGGCUACUCUCUGGGGAGUAUUCAAAGCCAGCCUCUGGAGAUGGGGAACAGCAACCGGAUCAGAACCAGAAGGGCAUGCAGGAUGGCAUUGCUCCACGCAUGUUUAAAUCUCUCAUUGGCAAAGGGCACCCAGAAUUCUCCACCAAUAGGCAGCAAGAUGCCCAGGAGUUCUUCCUGCAUUUCAUCAACAUGGUAGAGAGGAACUGCCGCAGCUCAGAGAAUCCCAAUGAGGUCUUCCGUUUCCUGGUGGAGGAGAAGCUCAAGUGCCUGGCCACAGAAAAGGUGAAAUACACCCAGCGUGUGGACUACAUUAUGCAGCUGCCCGUGCCCAUGGAUGCUGCACUCAACAAAGAUGAGCUGCUGGAAUAUGAGGAGAGGAAGCACCAGGCAGAAGAGGAAAAGCAGCCACUGCCUGAACUGGUCCGAGCCAAGGUGCCUUUCAACUCCUGUCUAGAGGCCUAUGGCGCUCCAGAGCAGGUGGAUGACUUCUGGAGCACAGCCUUGCAGGCCAAGUCUGUGGCUCUCAAGACAACCCGGUUUGCCUCCUUCCCAGACUAUCUGGUGAUCCAGAUCAAGAAAUUCACUUUUGGCCUGGAUUGGGUACCCAAAAAGCUCGAUGUCUCUAUCGAAAUGCCAGAGGAGCUGGACAUCUCUGCGCUGCAGGGGACAGGGCUGCAAGCUGGUGAGGAGGAGAUGCCCGACAUCGCACCUCCACUGGUGACGCCAGACGAGCCCAAAGGUAGCCUGGGGUUCUAUGGCAACGAGGACGACGACUCCUUCUGCUCCCCUCACUUCUCCUCUCCAACAUCCCCCAUGUUGGAUGAGUCAGUGAUUAUCCAGCUGGUGGAGAUGGGCUUUCCCAUGGAUGCCUGUCGCAAAGCUGUGUACUACACAGGGAACAGCGGGGCUGAGGCUGCCAUGAACUGGAUCAUGUCGCACAUGGAUGAUCCAGAUUUUGCCAACCCUCUGGUUCUUUCUGGAUCUAGUGGGCCAGGUUCCACCAUCAUCUGUCCAGACCCCCCUUCAGAAGAUAGCUUGGCCACCAUUGUCUCCAUGGGCUUCUCCCGAGAUCAGGCUAUGAAAGCCCUAAGAGCCACGAGUAACAGUCUGGAGCGGGCUGUGGACUGGAUCUUCAGUCACAUUGAUGACCUGGACGCAGAGGCUGCCAUGGACAUCUCAGAGGGGCGAUCGGCAGCUGAGUCCAUCUCUGAAUCUGUCCCUGUGGGUCCCAAAGUGCGCGAUGGGCCUGGAAAGUAUCAGCUUUUUGCCUUCAUCAGCCACAUGGGCACUUCCACCAUGUGUGGCCAUUAUGUUUGCCACAUCAAGAAGGAUGGCAGGUGGGUGAUUUACAAUGACCAGAAAGUCUGCGCCUCUGAGAAGCCACCCAAGGAUCUCGGUUACAUCUACUUCUAUCAGCGGAUUCCCAGCUAGAACCCCCUCCUACUGUGUGCAGAGUGGGGAAGCAGGCUGCUGGCAUGAGGAGGGAGAGGCAGUGACAAUAAAUACAGAGAAGCAGUGCACAUUCUUUCACCCCACUCCCCGCUGUGUCUCCAUCUAUGCCACUGCUGUAACUCUGGGGGCAGGCAUUCCUUGGCUAAUAAAACUGGGGGCUGGGGCCCCCAUGGACAUGAGUGAAGAGGGGUGGGCAGAUGGAUUUGUUUCAAUAUAAAAUCUCUCAUUACCCCUUACUCCAAGACAGCCUCUAGUGCUUUGCUGCUUGGUGUAAUUAUGCCAUCCCCUUUCACGCUGAAAGGGGAGGGGGUGACGUGUGUGUGUGUGUGUGUGUGUGUAUGUGUGUGUUUAGCUUCUCUCCCUUAUCCCCCCUUCCCAAAAGAGGGUGCUAUGCAGGAAAUAAUGUGGGCCAUAAUUAGCACCACUUCCUCCUUGUGUGCCCCUUAAAUGCCAAAAUACAUGAAGGAUAAAAUAAAAAUCUGAAUACCCCCUGGCUUCUGUCUGUCCCAUAUGUUAGUGGGGGGCCCCGUCAGCUGGGGUAUCUGAACUCCUUCCUCAUCUAACACAGUGCUCAGUGUAACCCUGCCACUGGCAGUUCUCCUCUACUUUGGCAUAUGAGCCCUUGUGCUAAGCUUGGAUGGGAGACCUCACUGUAAAGCUAGAUGCUCUCCUGUCUUUGUCAGCACCUGUUGUCCUAGCAUGUGGACAGUGACGUGAUGCAGGAGAUAUAUCUGUUAAAGCAGAGGUGAAAGAUGGCUGUGCUACCUGUAGCUAAUAAAUAUCCCAUCAAGUGGGGGCAUUUGCCCCUG